AUGUGUAUCCAACCAAAACGAUAUGAUUUUAAGUACUUCAAGGUCAUCGCCAUUGGAGAAGGUGAAGGAAAGGAAAUGAUAGAUGAAGAAGAUGAGAAGAUUGGCAUGUUAAAGGCUGAAUGUGAUGAGGAUGUAUAUGAUGCGGUUGUUACAGCCCUAAAAGAGCUGAAUGAGUACAAUCCAAGUGGCAGAUAUCCAUUUUCAGAGCUUUGGAACAAUAAAGAAGAAAGAAAAGCAACACUGAAAGAAGGUGUUGAGUUUAUUCUCAAACGAUGGAAAACAUACAAAUACAAAGAAUCGAGGGUUUUGGUUUAUAGUUCUGAAUCCUACAGCUUCAAACUUCUAGAAACUCUCAGGUGUACCAUGAUUCAGACAAGAGGAGAGCUGAUCAAUAGUGAUCCUACAUUUGAUGAAUAUAAGUGCAGGUAUUACAAGGAGUUGACCCUCGGUCUGGUCAAAGUGAAGGUUUCAGAAAAGGUGUAUAAAUGUCCAUAUUGCCCCCAGAGUAGAGAAUACAGUUAUGAUGACCUCUGUAGGCAUGCAACUCGAAUAGCAACAGAAUCAAAAAGUGCUGGUUUAAAAGAAAAGGGGAAGCAUAUGGGACUUUUGGAGUUUCUAGAGAGAUCUAUCAAGUCUUCUGAAUCAACCUGUAAAAGAAGCAGAGAUCCUCAAUUGGGGUUGGAAACUCUCUUACAAGAAAUGAGCAAAAGAAGUCAAGAACUUAUAAGCAGGACAGAUUCUGAUAUGGCUUUUGUUAUUCAACAGAAUGAAAUGAUCGUUGACAACUUUAACAGAGAUCUUAGAAUCUUGCAAGAGAAGGCAAACAAGAAAAUCAAAAAGAUUAUGACUGAGCAUGAACACAGCAAAAUGAAUGAAUCAGCAACUUUGAAGGAGCAGAAGCCAGAUGAAAGGAUGUUAAAGUUGGUAGAGGAUCAAAAGAGAGAAAUAGAAAAACUUAAGCACCAAAUCAUGGAGCUUGAGAAGACGUCUGAAUCCAUUAAAGAAAAUCUGAAAGAAAAAGAAGAAGAAUUGAAGAGGUUGGAAGAGCUUCAAGAAGCCUUGAUAGUGAAGGAAAGAUUGGGAAAUGAUGAAUUACAAGAUGCUCGCCAACAAUUAAUUUAUGGUUUGGAAGAUAAUUGCGUUGGUGUUCGUGCACAUAAUGUUAGUAUAGGUGUGAAAAGAAUGGGUGAGCUUGAUGCAAAGCCUUUGAUUGCUUCUGCAAAAAGACGAUGUUUAAGUGAAGAGGAUACAGCCAAGUUUGUAUCUUUAUGGGAGGAUCAUCUCAGGGAUCCAAGCUGGCAUCCAUUCAAGGUCAUCGCCAUUGGAGAAGGGGAAUCCAAGGAAAUGGUGGAUGAAGAAGAUGAGAAGAUUGCAAUGUUGAAGGGUGAAAGCGAUGAGGAUGUAUACAAUGCGGUGUGAAAGCCCUAAAAGAGAUGAAUGAGUACAAUCCAAGUGGCAGAUAUCCAUUGCCUGAGCUUUGGAACCACAAAGAGAAAAGAAAAGCGACAUUGAAAGAAGGGUUUGAAUUUAUUCUCAAGCAAUGGAGAAUAUACAAAAACAUGAAACGAGAUUGAAGAGUUAAUCAUAUUUCAACAAAAAAGUGUGUCAUAAAUUUAUUCAGGUUUAGUCAUAUUAUCU